GUUAGAUAUACUAGAUUAUAUUCAAUUAAUUUUUAACUAGUUAUCAAUUCAAAUCAAACAUGAAUUUUAAAUUUACCAUUACCAUGGCAAUUGUCAUCACCCUGAGUUUGUCUAAUUUAGGACAAGUCCGAGCCGAUGAGCCUGCAUCGACUGCACCUAGUUCAACUGCAACUUCAUCUCCAGCUUCAACUUCAGCUCCUCCAACUACUAGCGGUGGUGGUACUACCCAAUGUCCAAGUUAUCCUACAGGAUCUGGAGGAACAACUCCAACAUCAAGUACAGCAACAACAACUUCAUCAUAAUAAUAUUAAAUAUUUUUAUUAGCAAGUUCGGUGUAAACCAACAAUGAUUGAUCUUAUAUCCUUCCUGAUUACUUCAACGAAUGUACUAAUUGAAGAUGCAAAUACAGUUUUAUGCACACUUAGAUGUACUUAUAUAAUAUGUACUGCGUUAUUGUAACAUUGCACAUAAUAAUUAUAAAUGUUUUCAAAAAUUAAAAUAUUAAAUUGUUUUUA